GUAUCGGUUACACUUUUUGAUGGAGUCUCAAUGAUAUCUGCUGAUGGGGAAGAAGUUCCCUGGAAGAAGAGUGUGAGAAUGGAAGGACCAGUAGAGAUGUGGUUGCUGGAAAUUGAAUCCCAGAUGCGAAAAACUCUCCGAGAUCUGCUUCGCGAUUGUCGUUUCGAAAUGAAAAAGGCCAGUGUUAAGAGAGACAAAGUGAUCAGAGAUUGGCCUGGACAAAUAUGUCUAACAUGUAGUCAGAUUCAAUGGACUUCGGAUGUUACAAAAGCGCUUACCAUGGUAACUAUGCGUCUUUUGAGAGAUUAUUUAAUUUCAAGAAAUCGUGAUUUUAACUGCUUUAAUGGUACUUCAAUGAAGGUAAAUCGUCAACAUGAUAAGAAACCACUUAGAACAAUGAGAAAGAAACAGUCUGCCAUUUUGCAUAAAUACUCCGAAGCAAUUCGCUCGAAUUUGAGCAAAAUGCAGCGAUUGAAAAUCAACGGUCUCGUUAUUAUUGAAGUUCAUCAUCGUGACAUUAUUGAUAAACUCUACAAGUCAGGAUGCAGGGAUACUGGGGCCUUUGAAUGGCUUGCACAACUACGAUUCUAUUGGGAAAAGGAGGAAGAUGACUGUUUUGUCAAACAGACAAAUGCCAGUUUCCAUUAUGGUUAUGAAUAUCUGGGCAACUCAGGUCGUCUGGUUAUAACAUCACUCACAGAUCGAUGCUACAUAACCUUGACGACGGCACUUAGUCUUAAUCGGGGUGGGUCCCCCAAAGGCCCGGCUGGAACUGGCAAAACUGAGACCGUCAAGGAUUUGGGCAAGAAUUUAGGUGAAUACGUCAUUGUAAUAAAUUGCUCUGACGGUCUCGACUACAAAUCCAUGGGUCGUAUGUUCUCCGGUCUCGCUCAAUCUGGUGCUUGGGGAUGUUUCGAUGAAUUCAAUCGGUGUGUUUGCAUUCUCUUUCUAUUCAAGGGUUGUAUUAACUCUUUUGCACUCCUGUCUUUCUCAUAUAGAAUCAAUAUUGAAGUGCUCUCUGUGGUAGCACAACAAAUUCUAUCCAUCCUCUCUGCACUUGCGUCAAUGCCAAAGGGUAAAGGUGAUGCGGCACCAAUAAAAUUCACGUUUGAGGGAAGGAAAAUCCAACUAACCUGGUCCUGUGGCAUUUUCAUAACUAUGAACCCUGGUUACGCUGGUAGGACGGAAUUACCGGACAAUCUCAAGUCCAUGUUCCGUCCUAUUGCCAUGGUGGUUCCGGACUCAACUGUCAUCGCUGAAAUUACACUCUUUGCUGAAGGUUUUGAUUCUUGCAAGGUGCUAGCGAAGAAGGUGUUCACUCUCUACAGUCUCUGUAUUCAGCAAUUAAGCAAACAGGAUCACUACGAUUUCGGGUUACGUGCUCUUAUUUCUGUUUUGCGUUAUGCCGGUGGGAAAAAACGCGAGAACCCGGGGAUGCAGGCCGAGGAAAUACUUCUACUCUCUAUGAAUGAUAUGAAUUUGGCAAAGCUGACGUCAGCUGACUUAUCUCUUUUCCAAGGCAUUGUCUCUGAUCUGUUCCCGGGAGUUGAGGUUCCCUCCAUAGAUUAUACAGAUAUGAAGAAUGCAAUUAACGAAUCUUUCCAAGAACUUGGCUUGCAAACAACCAAGUUUUCUGUAAAUAAAGUGAUUGAGUUGUAUGAGACCCAGAGUUCUCGACAUUCUGUGAUGAUA